AUGCACCCUGUCCACAUCCAUCGAGCAAAGAUCGGCACCGCUGCAGCAGUUCCUAUACAACCGCCUAUCCAAAUGGGGGGAAGUUUGCGAAACGGACAGAAAACAGGUUCAGUGGCAAUUUUGGACGAUUUUGGGGACCAGCUAAAUCAUACCUUUACCCCUCUCCUCAUCCUCCUGCUGGCUGGAAUUGCGAUGACCAAGGUCUAUUUCCUCCACCCAAUCGCCUGCGAUAUUCCAGCUAUACCAGGUGAUGAAUUUCGGAGCUUUGCUGAGUCUGUUUGCUGGAGUAGUGGUAUCAUUAGGAUGGAAAAGGAUGAUGAAAUACCUGAUGGUGAGGUGGAGUGGGAGAAACUAUUGGGAAGAAGUGAAAUUGCAUUUCAUCAAUGGAUGCCUUUCUGCCUGUCGAUUCAAGCGAUUCUCUUCUAUCUGCCCCACUUAAUUUGGAAGGUUCUAUCUACCAACUCUUUCGGUGACAACCUUAUUUACCUUAUCACCCGCGCAGUAGCGGCUGGACGUUGUGAGGAGCAGGCUGCAAGACUGAAAUUAGUUCGAGCCUGUGCCGAUCAUCUGUACCUCCUCUCUCGGCAACACUUUAGCACCAGCAUGAGCAUCUGUUCACGUGUUCAAGACAGUCUCUGUUCCCGUCAGCCUUGUGGAAGCUCCUGUCUUAUGAAGAGGCGAAUGGGUAAUCAUUCAGUAAUCUGCUACCUGUUCGUAAAGGUCCUCUAUAUCAGUAAUUGCGCUGGGCAGAUAUUUUUAACUGUGCGGUGUCUAAGGCCCAGUCCCACCUACGGAAGUGUUUUUGAUGGUGUAAGUGGGCGUCUGCUCAGUUUCGCACACAGUCGUAAAGAGUGGGAAGGAAGCCAACUGUUUCCUCACAAGGCUCUCUGUCCUGUUCGCAUUCCACAUCUGGGUGUUCAAUCCCAAACCUACACUGCAAUCUGCGCUCUCACUAUGAAUGUGUUGAAUGAGAAGAUAUACCUCUUCUUGUGUGUGUGGAUCCUUGGAGUCCUAACGGUGACUACGGCCACAACACUUAGCUGGAUGUGGCGCCUUCUGAUACGGGCUCACAGCAACUCCUACUUGCGAUCAUUUUUAUAUAUCUCACUUCUGUCCCCGCCCCCCUUUCAAAGCUUAGGUACGAUGGAGGUGGUGGAAGUGGCGGGAGGGAUCUGCCAGACAGCUGGUCUUGAUGGAGCGUUGGUGGAACGAUUUCUGACUGAAGUGGUUGGCAACGAUGGAAACCUUAUGGUGCGGAUGUUGAGACGCAACGCAGGAGAUGUCGUUACAGGCGAAAUAUUUGUCACUUGGUGGCGGAUGUUUAAGGCGAUGGAGGGAAGGGGAGAAGUUGAAGAUGAUGCGUCGGAGUACGCUGCAACGUCCCCUAGGACAUAUGUUGGUAUGCAAGAACCCAAUUCUGUG